AUGAGCCGACGAUACCGUUCUCCUUGGCAACUGAGCGUCAUCGACAAAGAACUUAUCAACUGCCCCCUAAUUUUAUUUAUUUGCCAAGGGACAUCGAAACAGUCAAUUCGGCGUCUGUGUGUGUUGCUUGCAACAGAAACGGUUACGCUCUUAUUAUUAUUAUUAUUAUUAUUAUUAUUAUUAUUAUUAUUAUUAUUAUUAUUAUUAUUAUUAUUAUUAUUAUUAUUAUUAUUAUUAUUAUUAUUAUUAUUAUUAUUAUUAUUAUUAUUAUCUUCCAUCUUUUCUCUUUGA